CUCAGUUCAGAUCAGGGCAUUGAAUAUACCUUCCUUUCUGACUUCGACCUCCUCUGUGAUGCUUGGCAAGACAUUCACUGUGAGUCGUGGGCUCAGCCUGCUGCAUGUCUUGCUCUUGACCAGUACUACAACCUUGUCCAUGCCAAGGAAGAGAUCAUGAGACUGAACAAGGAAAUA